CCGAGCCGGGGACCGGGAGCUGGGGUGCUGCGGCGAGCGAUGGACCCCGGAGCGUGGAUGCUGCUGCUGCUGUUGGCGCCCCUCUUCCUCCGCCCCCCGGGCGCGGGCGGGGCGCAGGCCCCCAACGCCACCUCGGAAGGCUGCCAGAUCAUACACCCGCCUUGGGAAGGGGGCAUCAGGUACCGGGGCCUGACUCGCGACCAGGUGAAGGCCAUCAACUUCCUGCCGGUGGACUAUGAGAUUGAGUAUGUGUGCCGCGGUGAACGCGAGGUGGUGGGGCCCAAGGUGCGCAAGUGCCUGGCCAACGGCUCUUGGACAGAUAUGGACACACCCAGCCGCUGUGUCCGAAUUUGUUCCAAGUCUUAUUUGACCCUGGAAAAUGGGAAGGUUUUCUUGACCGGUGGGGACCUCCCAGCUCUCGAUGGAGCCAGGGUGGAUUUCCGGUGUGACUCCGACUUUCAUCUGGUGGGCAGCUCCCGGAGCGUCUGUACUCAGGGCCAGUGGAGCACCCCCAAGCCCCACUGCCAGGUGAAUCGAACGCCACACUCAGAACGGCGCGCAGUGUACAUCGGGGCGCUGUUUCCCAUGAGCGGGGGCUGGCCGGGGGGCCAGGCCUGCCAGCCCGCUGUGGAGAUGGCGCUGGAGGACGUGAACAGCCGCAGGGACAUUCUGCCGGACUACGAGCUGAAGCUCAUCCACCACGACAGCAAGUGUGACCCAGGCCAAGCCACUAAAUACUUGUAUGAACUGCUCUACAAUGACCCCAUCAAGAUCAUCCUCAUGCCUGGUUGCAGCUCUGUCUCCACGCUUGUGGCUGAGGCUGCAAGGAUGUGGAACCUCAUUGUGCUGUCCUAUGGCUCCAGCUCUCCAGCACUGUCAAACCGGCAGCGUUUUCCCACAUUCUUCCGAACACAUCCUUCAGCCACACUCCACAACCCCACCAGGGUGAAACUCUUUGAGAAGUGGGGCUGGAAGAAGAUUGCCACCAUCCAGCAGACCACGGAGGUCUUCACAUCGACUCUGGACGACCUAGAGGAGCGAGUGAAGGAGGCUGGAAUUGAGAUCACUUUCCGUCAGAGUUUCUUCUCAGACCCAGCUGUUCCUGUCAAAAACUUGAAGCGCCAGGAUGCUCGAAUCAUUGUGGGACUUUUUUAUGAGACUGAAGCCCGGAAAGUUUUCUGUGAGGUCUAUAAGGAGCGUCUGUUUGGGAAGAAGUAUGUCUGGUUCCUCAUUGGGUGGUAUGCUGACAAUUGGUUCAAGAUCUAUGACCCAUCAAUCAAUUGUACAGUGGAUGAGAUGACGGAGGCAGUGGAGGGCCAUAUCACCACUGAGAUCGUCAUGCUAAACCCUGCCAACACCCGCAGCAUUUCCAACAUGACCUCCCAGGAGUUUGUGGAGAAAUUAACCAAACGGCUCAAAAGACAUCCUGAGGAGACUGGAGGAUUCCAGGAGGCACCACUGGCCUAUGAUGCCAUCUGGGCCUUGGCAUUAGCCCUGAACAAGACAUCUGGAGGAGGAGGCCGUUCAGGUGUGCGCCUGGAAGACUUCAACUACAACAACCAGACCAUCACCGACCAGAUCUACCGGGCCAUGAACUCCUCAUCUUUUGAGGGUGUUUCUGGCCACGUGGUGUUUGAUGCCAGCGGCUCCCGGAUGGCAUGGACACUUAUUGAACAACUGCAGGGUGGCAGCUACAAAAAGAUUGGUUACUAUGACAGCACCAAGGAUGAUCUUUCCUGGUCCAAAACAGAUAAGUGGAUUGGAGGGGCUCCCCCAGCUGACCAGACCUUGGUCAUCAAGACCUUCCGCUUCCUGUCACAGAAACUUUUUAUCUCCGUCUCGGUUCUCUCCAGCCUGGGCAUUGUCCUUGCUGUUGUCUGCCUGUCCUUUAAUAUCUACAACUCCCAUGUCCGUUAUAUCCAGAACUCCCAGCCCAACCUGAACAAUCUGACUGCUGUGGGCUGUUCAUUGGCAUUGGCUGCUGUCUUCCCCCUUGGCCUGGAUGGUUACCACAUCGGAAUCGGCCAGUUCCCUUUUGUCUGCCAGGCCCGUCUCUGGCUCUUGGGCCUGGGCUUUAGUCUGGGCUAUGGCUCUAUGUUCACCAAGAUCUGGUGGGUUCACACAGUCUUCACAAAGAAGGAGGAGAAGAAAGAGUGGAGGAAGACCUUAGAGCCCUGGAAGCUAUAUGCCACAGUGGGCCUGCUAGUGGGCAUGGACAUCCUUACUCUCGCCAUCUGGCAGAUUGUGGACCCUUUGCAUCGGACUAUUGAGACUUUUGCCAAAGAGGAACCAAAAGAAGACAUAGAUGUCUCCAUUCUGCCCCAGCUGGAGCACUGCAGCUCGAAGAAGAUGAACACUUGGCUUGGCAUUUUCUAUGGUUACAAGGGACUACUGUUGCUUCUGGGAAUUUUUCUUGCUUAUGAGACCAAGAGUGUAUCCACUGAGAAGAUCAAUGACCACAGAGCUGUGGGCAUGGCCAUCUACAAUGUUGCAGUCCUGUGUCUCAUCACUGCCCCUGUCACCAUGAUUCUCUCCAGCCAGCAGGAUGCGGCCUUUGCCUUUGCCUCUCUUGCUAUCGUGUUCUCCUCCUACAUUACUCUGGUUGUGCUUUUUGUGCCCAAGAUGCGCAGGCUGAUCACCCGAGGGGAGUGGCAGUCUGAGGCACAGGACACCAUGAAGACAGGAUCAUCCACCAACAACAAUGAGGAAGAGAAGUCCCGGCUAUUGGAAAAGGAGAACCGUGAGCUAGAAAAGAUCAUUGCUGAGAAAGAGGAGCGUGUCUCAGAACUGCGCCACCAGCUCCAGUCCCGGCAGCAGCUCCGCUCCAGACGCCACCCCCCAACACCUCCAGAUCCCUCUGGGGGCCUUCCCAGGGGACCUUCUGAACCCCCUGACCGGCUUAGCUGUGAUGGGAGUCGAGUCCAUUUGCUUUAUAAGUGAAGGACUGUCAGGUCGAGGCACUAGGGGAGGGAGGAAAGGGUAUUGGGAAAGGGUGGGGAACUGGGAGGAAGCAGGGGAUCCCUAUCUCCCCUGGGAAGAACAUGCGGUCCAGUCCCACCUCUUGUAAAUACAUGUCCCUCUGUGAGUCCUGGAGUUGUAGGGGUCUCUAAUACUCUGGGAAGUAGACUGUUUUUUCUCAUUCAUAUAAUUUUAUAUCACUGCUUCAUAGUUUAGUUUGUACCUUGCUUGAUGCUGCUCACUCAUAACUCCUCAGCAGCUCACUACAUCUUUCUCCACACUGUGCCUGUUACCAUGCCAACGCUUACAGCUUCCAUCUGUAGGUGUCAUCCCACACAUGUUCUUUCCACUUGAGCAUGGGCCUCUCAGUUUCUCACCAUCAGAAUCUCCCUACAUCCUACUUGCCCUUCUAUACAUCCCCAUGUUUUUGCUUUUUCUAGGGAUUAAUUUUUCUCACCAGGACUCAUACUUCCCAGCACAUGUUCAUCCUCCCCUGUCCUGUGCCAGUCAGCUGUGGUCCUGGGCUUGCCUGAUUUUCCUGUGUGUUUUUUCAAGAAGUCACUUUGCUCCCUUAAUACCUCAUAUCCAUAACUGUGUAUGCCCUCAAGACCAUGGGUAUUCCCUGCAGUGUGAUUGGGUACGCAUGCGUGGUUUGUCUAUCAUGUUGGGCCAUGACUUUCCCACUUAGACCUAUCCAUGUCUGUUUUCUGUGCAUACCUCCAUGAACAUUGUGCACACUCUUCCUUUUGCACUUUCAGUUCAGAGUGUGUGUGUGUGUAUUUGUAUUUGUUUUUGAGACUGGAUCUUUCUAUGUAACCCUGAGUGGUCUUGAAGUCAUAGCAGUCUUGACUGCCUCAGCCUCCGAAUUAUAAUUGUGUGCCUGAUUUAGAUCAUUGUAUUUUUUCAACAGUCAUGUGUACCUACCCUGCACAUUGUUAAACAUUUUCACCCAGUUCAUGUUUGCUGGGCCAUCACGUUCUCUCCUCAGCAUGCACAAUUUCUGCUCAAGCAUUUUCCUCUCUCCUGUGCACUCAUAUACCAACCUCAAUCUGCACUCACAAUCGUCUUUUCCCAAGACGACUUUCUUUCUUUUCAUUUCACUUGUAUCUUUCUGUUUUUUUUUUUGGUGGGGGGGUGGUGGUGGGAACUAAUGGAAAGUAAAUGAGAGCCGAUUUUAGGCUGCUUCCAGUGGACAAUGGGCAAGAAUACUGGCCAAAGGAAUGCAUCUCUGGCUGUUGGAAUGGACAGAUUGGACUGAUGGGGCAGGAGACAGCAUCCCUUUCACACUGCCGUGUCUCUGGGGGAAGGAUUUCCCCUAAUCUCAAUAAAUAAACUGUGUAACUCA